GUAACACUCCAACCAAUGCAAUCACCUCCUGUAAAACGGUUAUUCGCCAUUCCCUAUGUUCUCCACAUGCCCCAGCUAUUAACUCCCUUGCAAGGGACUGCGCAUGACACAGAUGCAAAGCCGAUCGCGGCCCUGCCUAGGGUGCCGCACUUCCUGUUGGCAGUGAUUGUGGGGUAGUUUUGAAGCUAAACUCCGACGACCCGUUAUAUUUUCGACAUAAUACUGUCACAGAUUCAUGUUUUUGCAGUAACUUGGAUAACCCAAGAAACUGCUCGCCUCUGCCGCCAUUUUUGCCAAUACUGGUGAUACGACAUGCCAGAAACCCCACUUCAGCCCAGCCAAGAUCGUAAUUAUUCGACAAUUUCAGAUACAGAUACCGAUAGCGACAAGUCAAGCUCUAAUGUAAUCAAACUUGGCGGUGGACGUCUGCCCAUCAUGAUAAAGCAUCGGCAACAGGGCGGAUGUCUGGAACUGGUUCAAAUGGGAGGAUAUCAAGAGACGAGGAACAUGGAGAGUUGACGAUCCAGGUACCACCGAAGGCUACAAACAAGCCAGUCUCGUGGAGUGAUCUUCCGCAUAAGGGGCGGUUAGCUCUAUUAACUUUUGCGAGACUCUCAGAGCCUUUGGUGCAAUCUUCUUUGCGAGUAAGUGAUCCACUGUGACGCGGUUCUAUUGAUUUCUCUACUGACAAAAAAGUCAUAUCUUUUUUAUCAAAUGAAAUCCUUCGACCAGAGUCUCCCUGAUUCGACCAUUGCUUCACAGGUUGGUAUCAUUCAAGGAGCUUUUGCAGCUGCACAAUUAUGCACGGCAAUGCUUUGGGGGCGGGAGUCAGAUAUUAGAGGAAGAAAGACUAUAAUUUUGUUUGGGCUUGCAGGGACUGCUCUAUCAUGCACAGGAUUUGGAUUUUCAGCCACCUUCGCGCAAGCGCUGAUAUUCCGAAGCCUUGGUGGUGCUCUCAAUGGCAAUGUUGGAGUUAUGAGAACCAUGGUUAGUGAGAUCAUUCGGGAAAAGAAGUGAGUCACUACCAUAUGCACUGUGGGUAUCAAAAUUAAUCAAGAGUAGGUUCCAGUCGAGAGCUUUGUUAAUACUUCCGAUGACUGCGAAUAUCGGAAUCAUUAUUGGUCCAAUGCUGGGCGGUUUGACGAGUGAUCCAGCGAAUGUAUACCCCAAUUUAUUUGGAGGUAUCAAGUGGCUUGAAAAGUACCCGUAUCCUCCACCUAAUAUUAUCAGUGCAAUGAUUCUGGUCAUUGCAUUUAUCUCUGUAUGGCUGGGCAUGGAAGAGGUAAAAUAAGAUCCCGUGCUAUAUGAGUAAUAGUUACUGACAAUCCAGACCCACGAAGCGUUCAGCCGACACGAAGAUUGCGGUAUUAACGUUAGUCAAAAGAUUAUCUCCAUUUACCGAAGAAUGCGAGGGAAACGGUCCAUUCAAGGCUAUACGCAGGUUCGUCAGCAAGAUACAGAUGUCCCAGAAGUCGAAAUGUCUCCCGUGACCCCAAAGCCGCCAAAGAGGGUAGCUCCUCACUACCCAAAUUCGCUCCCAUUUCGUCGUAUAUUUACCUAUAAUGUUUUGUGCGUAUUAGUUUCUCACUCGCUGCUUGCAUUUGCCAUGGGAACGUUCCAGUCCAUUCUCUACACCUUCCUCAGUCCACCGGUUUACGAUCCAGCUCAUCCACUACCGAAUUAUACUCCAAAUCUACCGUUCGUUUUCACUGGUGGUACUGGUCUUUCAGCCCGAGACAUUGGGUUCUCCAUGGCGAUGCUUGGUUCUGUGGGUAUCAUCCUCCAAUUGUUCCUCUACCCCGACGUCAAUACAUACCUUGGCACCGUGACUUCUUGGAGGGUAUUCCUAUACUGCUUUCCAAUCAUUUACUCCAUCACCCCAUUUCUAGCUAUUGUUCCAAGCACGUCACCGCCCCCAUCCGAGAAGACAGGAAUUACCUUCUGGGUUGUUCUUACCUCUCUGAUAUUUCUCUUCGUCAUCGGUAGAACUUUUGCGGCACCUGCGGCCCAGAUUCUACUGAACAACUGCUGUCCUCAUCCUACGGUCUUGGGGACAGUCCAUGGUAUCAGCCAGAGUGCCUCUGCAGCAGCCAGAACCGUUGGACCUGCGCUGGGAGGAUGGUUAUGUGGUGCAGGACUUGAGAAAGGCGUUGUCGGCGCGAUGUUUUGGGUUCUGGCAGGGUUUGCAGGAAUCAAUUGUUUUGCGAGUAAUUUUGUGAAAGAUGGCGAUGGUCAUGAGAUCCGACUCGAAGGUGACGAUGAAGCCGAAGAGGAAGCAGAUAGAUUAAAUAGAGGCUUUGGGCACUGAUAUCGCCUGGAGACAGAGUCGAUGUUUGCCAAGUCUGAUAUCAAAUACCUUGCGAGAUGGUCUAGAAUCAUGGAAAUCAUUGUUUAACAGGGUAUGGAAAGAUUACGAACUCGUUUGGUUUGUCCAUUCCAUCUGAGUCAUCUCAUACUUGGAUACCCGGGACGAGCAUCUACAUAC